AUGGAACCUUUACGACUUAAGCCCCGGCAACCGGUAGAGGCCGAUAUCGAGAACUGGGACGACGAUGACUUUGAGGUGGACGGCGACGACUUGUCCUUUCGCAGCCCAUCAACCGCCACAAACAAUCCCUCACGACCAACUUCUUCAAGACGCCGCGAUUCCGGUUCUUCACACUUUUCCUUUCGAUCAGAGUUCGAUGGCGAGGAAGAGAAGCAUGUUCAUAUCCCUGGAGACGACGAAAAGUCAACUCUAGACGCCAUCACCGCAGCACAAAAUGCUGGCAUCCCAUUACCUACAAAUGUACCAUCCUCUGCCCUCAUGGGGGGCACUAUCAAGCGCCUAGGUGGACGAAAGAUCCGUAAGAUCAUUCAAGAUGACUGGGAAAAUGACCUAGAAAUCCCCGACUCCUCUCAAGGCUUCAAGAUUAAGAAGCCCGAACAGCCUAAAUCGCCAGAGAGUAUGCGACAUGUCAGCUUCGGACCAUCUACUCAUACUAGUCCUAUUAACUGGGGUAACUCACCUCCUACGUCUCCUUUUGAUAAGAGCAACCGACGGGAAUCUACCCAAUCUAUCCAAUCGAUCCAGUCCGUCCAGAGCAUUCAGUCCGUCCAGUCUGCAACAAGCAAUCUUUCGGCUGCUAUUAAUUUGGACAGAUUCAAAGACGCUGACGACGAUGAUGAUUUCUUUGGGGAUGGAGGCGACACGAUCAGAGCCUCUAAGCGUCAACUUCCCAAACCUGUUUCAUUUAUUACACCACCCACCCCUCAGAGGGAGGCCAAAGCUGCCAGUACUGAGGAUGAUUUUGAGAUGGACCUUGAGCUUCCAUCGGAUGGGAAGCUCAAACUUACUACGAGAAAGGAGAUCCCCAAGACCCCCGCCAAUCAGUCAGAGGACUUGGACUGGGGAGAAGGAAGCCUAGGCACUCGAUAUGGUGGGACUCGGCGAGAUCCACGUUCUGCCCGGAGCUCAGCAGCUUCUGCGCUUAGCCCAAGUGUCUCGAGCUCUAUUACUGCUGAGAGUGAAGACGAGACAUUCGAUGGAUUGAUUUUACCCUCAGGGCCCGUUAACUGGACUGAGAGGCUACAGCAGCGACGAAAGAGCCGAUCCCCAGGCCGAAUCUCCGAGGAACCCAUUGUGCCCGCAAAGAAAACUCCUCCCUCAGCUGAAGCUGAUAAACCUGAUUUUCUUGACGGGCUUGAUAUUGGUGAAGGUGAUGUGUUUGACUCGAGCAAGCUCACUCUUCACAAGAACGUUCGGGUCAAGGAAGCACAACCGGCUAGCCCGGCUCGACCCAAGACGGCUGUGUCGCUCACGUUCACAAACAAGUCUCUGAAUUCAACUCGGAUACCUCGUCUGAACCACCAUGAGCGAACUCACUCAACGUCGCUUGAGCCUGUCUCCGAGAGUGGUGGCCCUAUUCCACAGCGUGCCCGUCGCUCGCGGUCUAGAAUGGGCCAUUCGUCACAAUCAUCCACUGUUAGCCUGCCAACUCCUACGACAACCUCGCCGUCUCAUGGACUGCCGCCUCCUCCACGCAGGAGGGAAGUUGGUGUACGAACAUCAACGAAUUCACUUCGGACUGAACCUACUACGACCAGUGCCCAGCUACUUAAGCAGAAGCGCUCGCUUCCAGUUAUCCGAGGAAUGAACACACCAGGCAAACACUCAUCGUACCGCCAUGAGAGACCACCUUCUAGAUCGGAAAACAACCGACCAUUUUCUGGAAUGCGACCUAAGACCCCCACGGAACGUCAGCGUCAAGGCUCGACAGAUAGUCCAGCAACCGUUCGCAAGUCUCACCUACCUUUCCUCCUGGCCGGAGCCUCUCAAUCACAGUCGCAGCAUGUUGCUACCAAGCACACUCGUGGAUUCCGUCGACACGACUCAGACACCUCUAUUGGGUCUAUUGACCUGCGACCAAACUCCCGUACGAUCUCCCGAUCAACAAUGCGAUCGCCUAGCCCUACUCAUCGCUACCGCGCUACUGGUGACACAUGGGAACGUCUGAGCAAGCCGAAGAAUAAGAAGAACUUUGGUGAUGGUCAUGAGCUGGACGGCUUCGAUGAUUUACCUACAUCCAGAGAAAGCGAAACCAAAUACCUGAAGCAGCCUACUAGCUCAGGACCAAAGGUUGCGCUGCGCAACAAACUCUAUCAGAACGUGCUUCCAGAUAGAACCUCGACCUUCUCUCCAUCAGUCCCUUCUACCCCUCGGCCAUCCUAUACUCCCCAUUUCGCCCGCGACACGGCUGCAAGUAGAAUUGCACGAGAGACUUCUCUGGCGCAACGGGUUCCUAGUAACGGCCCAUUGACACCCAUCAACUCUCAGCGGACUACUCAUCUUUCGUCGAGAAAUAAUUUGACACCGAUUCCUCAAUCCACCAUCAGAUCGAGAAAGCAUAAACGACCGCAGCAAACAAAGCCCCACCUAAUCUCGAACCUGAAUAGUGGCAAAGAGUCGAAGAUGGUGAAUGGGAUGUUCUAUAACGCAGACACAUUCAGGUGGGAAGGCAAUGAGAAUGCCCUCAAUCUUUUUGACCCCCCUGUACAAACACCUACCCAGGUUGUCGUAUCAACCACCACACGCGAGAAAGAAACGGCGACACCCCGACCGGCACUGAUCACGAAUAUCAGCGCCACCAAGGGCGUCCAAGUUGUUGGUGGCAUGGUUUUUGAUCCACAGAAUAUGUGCUGGCUCAAACUCGACAACCCUGCUAAGCCAGCUUCCGAUGCUAGUGACACAAUGGAUGGUUUCGACGCGCUCGAAGACGAAGACGUUUUCAAAGAUAUUCCUGAUCUGGAAGACAACACCGCCGAUGACGAGGGUGCUCAAGGUCGUGUUAGCGACAUCAAGGAUGAGUGGCUCGUCGGCGAAGAGUUCGAUGUUGGACCCGAGUUCAUCAGACGACAACGAGAAGAAGAAGACCGCUGGAGAAAGAAAUGCGAGAAAUGGAUCGGCCGAGGAUCCAGGGAUCGCGAAACUUGGCGGUGGACGAUACGCGAGCUAGUCUCACAAUUUGACGAUUUGGCUAUGUGA